CGUGGGCAGCUGGCACAGUCUGCUCUCCUCUUUCCCUCUUUCUCUCUCUAGAGAGCGUAUCCGGCAGCAUACACAGCACCAAACCAGCCAAACCAAAACAACCAUCAUUACCAACCACCAGCUCGCCAGCUCUUCCACAACCAUGUCCUCUACCACACCCGCAGUACACCCACCAUCAGCAUCAGCGCCACCGCCCCGCUCGCCCCGGCACCAAACCCCCCAAGCCCGGCUCCUGAGACUCCGCCGUCUGCGCCGCCUUCAGGCGCCUGCUGCAGGCAGACGCACGGCGCAGAAGCCCGCUCCUCCUCCUCUUCCAUCUGUCCUUCCUUCUCGGACGCCGCUGACGUCGCCGCCGACGUACAAGCCCACGCCUUUAACAGCGGCUGCUGCUGCUGCGAAACCUGUCGCAAAGCCCGCCACGUACGUCCCUACUGGGUUUCCGCGUGCGCAGACACCGAACCUGCCGACGGUGACGAUAGUGGAGGGGCCCGGGAUGCGGCCGAGAGUGAGGGUGUAUGCGCCUGUGCGGCCAGCGUUGGUGCGGAAGGAAGAAGAGGAAGAGGAAGAGGAAGAGGAAGAGGAAGAGGAAGAGGAAGAGGAAGAGGAAGAGGAAGAGGAAGAGGAAGAAAAGGUGUUAGUGGCGGGAGACAGAGACGGAGAAGUAGCGAGCAUGCCAAGUGGAAAGAGCGAGGUCAAGCAGGUCGAACGACACGACGGCUCGACCAGCAGCCAAGCAUGCCAAAAUCAAAAGCAUGAUGUCCUGAUAUCAGGCGUUGGGCGUCUCUCGUGAGACACAGGAUUGAGUGGACCCUGCGCGGCGGUGGCGCUGCGUCAUCGGCCGGCGACGGGACCCCGCGAAAUUUCGCCUCCGACCGCGGCGCGUGGUCUGCCUGUGACUCUUUAGCUACAAUACUCUACAUAGCACCAGCUGCAACCAAGCAAAAACAUUCCGUUCUACAGCAACCUCUCGCACAAUGGAUGUCCAGAACUUUACUUCGACGAACCGUAACUUCCCCAAGAAGAAGUGCGGUUAGUAUUCCCUCUCCCCAUCCCACCUCGCUCUGCCUCUCUGCCUCUCUUUCUUUCUAUCUCUCUCUCUUCUCUCGCUCAAUUGAAGCAAGCAAUGGCAAUGGGCUGACCACAUGGU